AGACGGGUGUCUCUGUCAGUAGAGACAAUCUGUUUACCCUAGUUCUGAGGCUCCUAUGCUCUUGGGCUAUGGGGUGCAUGAGAAAGAUGGACCCCUUACUUUAUCAUAUCUGUCUUGAGAACCUAGGAGGCAUGUGGCCCCUUUCCUGCAUUUGGUUAAUCUUUAGGAACCCUGACUUGGGUCUGGGUGGGAGUUGGCCCAGGCAGGAGAGAAGCUGGGGAUGGGUUCUGGCCUCCCUUUAUAUGGAGUAGCUGAAAGUGAGCACACUCCCCCUACAGUCACCAGUGACUCAGACCAGCUGGGACUCCUGUGGAAACAGGAUGUAUAUGCCCUGGCAGGGGCGGGGCAACUGGGAGGAAGGAUCCCUGUGCUCAUAGAACUCCAUCAUCCAGGCACUUACAGUCGGAACACAGGUAGACGGCGUGUUUACAGACCAGGCCCUCCUAGCCAGGCCUACACAGACUGCUGAGGUUAGGGUCCUAGUCCAGUCAGGAAAUGACUGCCCCACACCAAUCUGCCUACCUAGGGCCUAGAAAGCCUGGGCCCUCACUGGAAGGUUUCCUUCAGAAAGGGCCCAACCCAGGCCCAGAAAGAAGACUCCUCCUGCCCCAGGGUAGGGGCAAGACGUCUUAUGGUCACGCCCACUGGCGGGAGGUGUUAGCAGACAGGGACCGAGGACUCAGACCUGUUGACCUGCGCAGCCCAAGCUAGCAGCUGCCAUCCAUGGGGAACAGCCACUGCGUCCCUCAGACUCCCAGGAGGCUACGAGCCUCAUUUUCCAGAAAGCCCUCGCUCAAGGGAAACAGAGAGGACAGCUCCAGGAAGCUGGCCGGCCUGUUUGGCACCGAGGCUAGGCCUGAUGGGGACACCGCGGCUAACAAGAUCUUCCACUACAUCCCCGGGACGGACAUCCCGGGCCUGGAAAAUCAGCCAGAAAAUCUGGAACAGCCAUUCCUGAGUGUUUUCAAAAAGGGGUGGCGGAGGACACCCGUGAGGAACCUAGGCAAAGUUGUGCACUAUUCCAAGGUUCAGCUGCGGUUCCAGCACAGCCAGGACAUCAGCAACUGCUAUCUAGAGCUGUUCCCCUCCCACCUGUACUUCCAAGCCCAUGGUUCUGAAGGACUUACAUUCCAGGGGCUGCUCCCACUGACAGAACUGAGCAUCUGCAGGAUUGAUGGGUCCAGAGAGCAUGCCUUCCAGAUUACAGGCCCACUGCCUGCCCCGCUCCUUGUCCUCUGCCACAGUGAAGCUGAGCUCAGCCACUGGCUUUACCAUCUGGAGAAGCAAAUGGCUCUCUUGGGGGGUCUGCAACGCUGUCACUCAAGCCCCCCACAGAGUUCCCUAGGGGAUGAACUCCCCUGGACACGGCUAUGGAGAGUAUCCGGGUGCGAAUCCAUGGGCAGUGCAAUCUGUUCCUCAAGGGUCAAGCUGCAGCAUCUACCCUCUCAGGAGCAGUGGGACCGGAUUCUGGUACUAUACCCAGCAUCCCUGGCCAUCUUCUCUGAGGACCCAGAUGGACUUACCUUUAAGGGGGAGCUUCCACUAAGUGCCAUUCAUAUCAACCUAGAAGAGAAGGAAAAGGAGAUCCGCUCCUUUCUCAUCGAAGGCCGCCUCAUCAACACCAUCCGUGUGGUGUGUGCCAGUUACGAGGAUUACAGUCAGUGGCUGCUGUGCCUCCGAACUGUCUCGCACAGGGAUGGGGCCCACCUGCUGCCUGGCCCAGAGAAUUUCCCAGGACUACAUGGACCCACAAAGGCCGUGAGUAGAGGCCGAGGUUCACUCUCUUCCAAUGGACGAACCAGUUGGAAAUUAGAGUGUCCAGUGCUCCCCACCAGCCAAUCCCUCCCUGAAUCCUCAGUGCCAACCACUAUAGGCUUUCCUGCCCAGCCUGUACCUAACCAGACCAACUCUAACUGUGUCAGCACUGGCCGAAAGAAGACAGAGCUGAGGCACAGUGGCAGUAGCCAGUCUCCCAGAGGCAAAGUUCGAAGGGAAGUAUCUGGCUCAGCUGUCCCACUGCCCCUGCACCUAGACCUAACCAAGGUGGGUGAGCUGGACUUAGACAGCAGCUCAGAGGCUCAGGACCACUCUUCAGAUAUUCCACACUCCCCGCUCUAUGCUGAUCCCUACACACCACCAGCUACAUCUCACCGCAAGAUUACGAACCUCCAAGGCCUAGAUGAGUUCUUCUGUGCGAUGCAGACAUCACCUGGACCUGAGCUAUCAAGCCCGUUCCCCUCAGUCUCCGUGUCUGUGCCUGUCUCUGACUCCAGCUCUGGAAUCUCCAGCUCUCCUAGGCCUCUGGGCUCCCAUUUGCUCUCCAAGAAAGGUGCCCUGCAAUCCAGAGCUUCCCAGAAACACCGGGGUUCCAUCAAGAACAGAGGGCCACGGCCUUCAGACCUCCCUCAGCUUGUCACCCCUGCCAGAGAAAGUACACCCAGUUCCCUGCCACAUCCCCCAGAUGAAGAGGCUCCCAUCUGGAACAAGACUUCCUCUCCCUCCCCCCAGAAGUGGCCACAACUCAGGAAGACUCCAGUGGAGAUGGGACUCAUUCAGUGGAUCUAAUGAGCCCCAGGUGGGCUGCUUCUCGGAAACAUAACCAGCCAACGCCAACCUGGACAAGGGUAUGCAGCCAUACCAGUCCUGUGACCUACAUUAGAUCCACCAGGGCCUCACCCCAGCAGGUUAAGAGAGUCUCUAGAACGCUGAGGAUAGAAGCACCUCUCACCAGGCUCUAACUCAUCAGCUUUAGAAGCUAGAGCAACUAAGAGAACAAACCGGUGAGGGACAUCAGUGAGAUCCUGGAUAUCCCAGGGCUUCUAUCUUUAGGGAAGAAAGAAUGAAAGUACUGGAGCAGGUCUUAGAACUGGGGAACUGCAUGAGUGUGAAACACAGAGCUCCAGAAAUGUCAGGUUGUCAAACUCAGCAUGUGACGUCCGAGGACACGAGGGUCAGAGGUCAGGAAGGUGAGAGCCAUCAUAAGGAGCAGAGGAGUAUCAGAAGACCUAGUACUGCUGGGUGCGUAGGGUAAGGCUGGUCAGAAAGAUUAACACCAUAAACAAGAAAAAGACUUUAUUGGUUCUGUGUCCCUGCGUUUCCCUCCGAGCAGCCAGAGUACCCCACCAUCCUAAAGACCUUCGUGUGCUGUCUUCACAGUGCCACCUCAGUUCCUUCACCUACAUCCCCACUCUACAACUUCUCUCAGCCUUGGCAUCAU